GAGCUGAACUUCCAGUUACUUACCAGUAGCUGCUGUUGAUCAUAAUGUCUUCAGUAAAGGUAGCUGUCCGUGUGAGGCCUUUCAACAAGAGAGAGAUCAGCCAUUCGGCCUCAUGUGUCAUCUCAAUGAGCGGCCAACAGACCGCUAUAGAAAAUCCGAAAAUGCUAGGAGAGCCCCCAAAGUCUUUCGUUUUUGACUACUCGUACUGGAGCCACACAGAUAAAUCCGAUCCGAACUUUGCAUCUCAAGAUCAGGUCUAUGGUGACAUUGGUAAAGAAAUGCUCCAUCAUGCCUUUGAAGGGUAUAAUGUCUGUAUAUUCGCAUACGGUCAGACUGGGUCUGGCAAAUCCUACACGAUGAUGGGUAAAGUUGAAGAAGGAGAGAAAGGGAUCAUACCGAGGACCUGCGAGGAAAUGUUUGAUAAGAUUGUCUCAACGACUGACCCUAGCCUCUCAUACUCUGUAGAGGUCAGUUAUAUGGAGAUAUACUGUGAGAGAGUGAGAGAUCUCCUCAAUCCAAAGUCCUCCGGUAAUCUUCGGGUACGAGAGCAUCAAAAGCUAGGACCUUACGUCGAGAACCUUGCUAAACUAGCAGUGACGUCUUUUGCUAACAUUAAUGGGCUAAUGGACGAAGGAAACAAAGCAAGGACUGUUGCAGCUACUAACAUGAAUGAGACCAGUAGCAGAUCACAUGCUGUCUUCACCAUCAUACUCACACAAAGGAAGAAAGACUCUAUGACUGGACUAGUAGCAGAAAAGGUUAGCAAGAUUAGUUUAGUUGAUUUGGCUGGUAGUGAGAGAGCUAAGGACACUGGAGCUGAAGGGAAGAGACUCCAGGAGGGAGCUAAUAUAAACAAGUCACUGACGACAUUAGGCAAAGUCAUUCAUGCUCUUGCAUCAGCAAAGAAGAAAGGAGACUUUGUGCCUUACAGAGACUCAGUCCUUACCUGGCUACUCAAAGAAAACCUUGGUGGUAAUUCAAGGACAGCUAUGAUAGCUGCCAUCAGUCCAGCACAAAUAAACUAUGACGAAACACUCAGUACUUUAAGAUAUGCUGAUCGUGCAAAACAGAUAAUGUGUAAAGCUGUUGUCAAUGAGGAUCCUAAUGCUAAAGUAAUGUGUUCUCCUCAUCUUGUUAAUCUAAACGAGGACCCGCUAAUGUCCGAAUGUUUGUUGUAUUAUUUAAAAGAAGGUGUCACUAAAGUGGGUCAAGUUGGUGACAUACAAUUAUCAGGAGAUUUCAUACUAGACCACCACUGCUCACUUAUACAUGAAAACGGUGAAGUGAGUAUAGUCCCCAGUGAGAAUAGCAUUACGUUUGUUAACGGACAACUGAUAACUGAGUCAUUGACACUGUCAACUGGAUCAAGAAUAAUAUUAGGGAAUAAUCAUGUGUUUAGAUUCACCCAUCCUGAACAAGCAAGAGCUUUGAGAGCCAGUAGACAGACAAACACGUCUUUAGAAGGUCCAGAAGGUCCCCCUGGGAUAAAGGUCACGUCAGAUUCUUCAGUGUCCCUCCCUUCCUCUCGUCCUGCUUCUCCCGGGCUCCUCGGGGGCCCCCUAGGAGUCGACUGGGGUUUCGCUAAGCACGAGUUGCUGCAGAAGACUGGGUAUGACAUUGGGAAGGAGAUCGAGGAGAAGGAGAAGCAGUUUGAAGAGAAAGAAAAGAAAUUUGAAGAAAAGAUCACAGAGUUAGAGGAGGAGAAGGCUCAAGCAGUAGUACAACUGGCCCAGGCUGCAGAAGAGAAAGCUCAAGUAGAAGAGUUAUUAGUACUACAGAAAAAGGAGUUUGAGAAACAUUUGGAGGAAAUAACAUUUGAGCAGCAGAAGACCCAGUCGGUGAUUGAAGAGAGACUGGUGGAACAGUUUAAGAAAGAAAUGGAAACUAAACUACAAGCCAAAGUGGAAGAAGUUGAGACUCUAAAGAAAGAGAAUCAGGAAAGAGUGGAGGCUGAGAUUGAAGAGAAAUUGACUCAGAAGUUUCAAGAAGAGCUACAGACACAGCUGGAAGCAAAAGCACAAGAAGUGGCCUCACAGAAAGAAAAAGAACUGCAGGAGAUUAUGGAGGACACUCAGUCAAGAGCACACACUCAAGCAAAAGUUGAAGCAGAAGAAUUGUUCCAGAAACAAAGACAAGCUUAUGAAAUGAAGAUAUUAGAAAUGGAGGCUCUUAUACAAAAGAGAAGAUCAGAAAGUUUAGCAUACAUACCACCAGUUGAGGAAGAACCAAUGAAAGGACUUGAACCUCAUCAGGUAGAAAUUGCAAGAAAAGCUAUUUCAAUUUGGAAGCAAUACAGGCACACAUCACUAAAGAAUGAGUUACGUGCUAAUGCGUCAUUGCUUAAAGAAGCUAAUGCCAUUAGUCUUGAACUACGUAAAAACGUGACAUUUCAGUUUACACUUUUAUCAGACACCUGCUACUCACCUUUACCACUGGCUGUCGCAUCAGGUGCUGAUACAGAUUUGGAUUCAGAUGAUGCUAAAGAAGCAUUGCUAGCCUAUCAGAGUGGGAGUAUGGGUAGAGUAGGAGGACCAGUACUGGCAGUGGAAGUGAGAGAUGGGAAGCACGGAUCAACUCACAUCUGGUCUAUGGAUAAACUGAAGCAGAGACUGAUGACAAUGAGGGAGAUGUACCAGUCCAGUCAGUGUCCUGAUGAUGAUGACCUCUCCUCUCACCUCCUCCUUCAAACUGGUGACCCAUUCUAUGACCACAGCUCAUGGUUCAGGUCAAUAGGACACUCCUACGUGUUUCUAAGUAACCUGUUAGUCCCUGUGUCACUCGUGAGGAAAGUGGCGAUAGUCGGGGAGAAGGGAGAGGUCAAAGGUCACCUGACUGUAUCUAUAAGAUACAUGGCAGAAAGAGAGAUGGAUGAGAAGAGCAUAGCUGAGGCGGUUUCAAUAAAAUUCGAUGAAAAUCUAAGCAGACAAACUCUUAGUAGUGUUUCCAGUGAGCACUUGUUUAAGAUUGUCGAUCCUUUGACUGAAGAGAAAGCGAAAUAUGCAAGUAAUGAUGAGUUCCUUGAACGCAGCUUUGAAUUGGCAGAAGAAGCAACUUUUGAUUCUCCAACUCAUUCAGGUCCUGCCAUAUUUGUCAAUGAUAAAGAAGUCAAGUUGACUGAUAAUGCAAGGAAGAGACAGCAGGCAGUCCCAGCUUCAACUGAUGCUAGUGAAGUGUUCACUUACAAGCAGUGCAGUGUACCAAUGAUGAAUGGAAAGUUUGUUAAAGACCUUGUUCCUUCUUCCGAUUGUUUUGGUAAUGGGAAGGAAAAGUUUUAUUUCAGAGUGACUGUAAUACAGGCCACUGGUAUACCAAGAGAAUUCUCUGAUGUCUUUGUACAAUACAAGUUUCUCAGUAAGACCGAGAGAGUAUUCUCUACUCCUCCACUUCACAAUGAUCAUCAAGAACUAGCCCUUGGCUUUUAUCACAUGCAAAACUUCAGUGUUAAUGUUAAUGACCAGCUAAUACACUACCUGAGGCAUUACCCGUUGAUACUUGAAGUGUUUGGACACUAUCAACAGUUUCCUGACAAUCCUUCAUCCUCCACUGGGAGGAGAAAGAGCGACUUUAAUCUGUCACCAAGCAUGCAGAAGAGACCAUCACCAGUUCGUUCACUAAUGACUCCUUUAUAUGACACAGCAGGUUCAAUGCAUUCUUUUGCUGAAGUUGAUGUUUUAUUUCAUUUGGAGAUAUUGGAACUAACGCCUAAUGGAGAGUAUAAAGGUGUUCCAGUGGAUCACUCCAAUGAUAUAUCUUGUUUCCUCUUGUCUCAAGGGAUUCAAAGGAGGAUUAGAAUGAGCCUAUUGUAUGAAGCAGGGUCUGAACUCUACUGGAGCAAAGUCAAUGAAAUUGCUAUUGGUCGUGUGAGGAGUAACGAAAAUGAAGUGAUUGAUGAUUCUAAUCAAGUUCUGUCUCUUAGCUCUUUCACUCCAUCAUUGCAUGGACCAGACAGUGACGGAAUGUUGUGUUACUGUAUUGAAACUGCUUGGGAUAGUUCGUUACAUGAGAAUAUUCUAUUGAAUAGGAUUACACCAUCAGGAGAAUAUGUAUACAUAGCUCUAUCAGUUUAUAUUGAGUUUGACAAUGGCUCACAACCUGCUUGUUUCACUAAGGACAUCACUCUAAGGAUAUUUGGUCGAGAUUCUAAACCACAACCAUCCAAAUCAUUCUUCAGUUUCUUUACUGGAGGAAAUAAAUCAAACCCAGAGAAUUAUAGAACUGUCAGCAUAUUUGAUGUGUCUCUACGUAAGACAAUGGACAAAACUCCAGAGCAUCAGUUAUCGGGUGAGAUUGAUCCAUUAUACGAUGAAGGUGGAAGACGUGCAAAAAGGUUAAGAAGGAACUCGUUGAUAAAGGAUCACGGGGAACUAGUCCAGAAAUUGAGAAUGAUAGAAGAGAGUGAAAAGUUAAGGCACAUGUUACAUUUAAGGCAGAGACUUCACGACUUACACGCACUCCAGCCGGACAUGAUGGUACCCGAAUACAUUGAGCUGACAUUAUCUGAUGAAGACAAGGCCUCGCUAGUUGAGAGAUGUGUAUACCUGCUCCUUAAUGGGAAGCAAUGCACUGAUGAACAAUCAUCACUAUUAGGACUGGAUGAUGAUAGACUGAGUAUAGCCAGCUCCUCCUACACUACAGUGUCAAGAAGAUCCAAUAAAUACAGUGUUGCUCCUCCAGUUUGUGUACCAGCAGUCCAAGACAAAUCCUUCAUUAAAAGCAAUUCAGUAAGCAAGAGAGGAGAUCUUUUGUUCCAUCAUGAGGAGGAAAAGCAAUGGAUUAGAAGAUAUGUGGUUGUCAGAAGACCUUAUGUAUUGAUAUACAAUAAUGAUAAAGACAUGGUUGAAAGAGGGAUGAUUAAUCUAGCUAGAGCUAAAGUUGAAUAUACCGGCUUUAUGAAACUCAAUACUAAUAAUAAUUUCCAGAUAUACACAAAGUUUAGGAGCAUACUACUACAGACAACAGAUAAGGAUUUAUUUGAUUGGCUGAAUGCUCUAGAUCCACUACUGGCAUGAACUAUAAGAUCACAAGAAAAUACAAGAAGAAGAUCAAGUUAAUACAAUAAUAUUAUGACAUUACACAAAAAGAUAAACAAUGUUAAUAAUAAUAAUAAUAACACUAUUUAUGAUUUUUAGUUGAUUUUUAAAUGAUAUUCUAGUAACUGAUCAUCAGUGAGA